UGAUUAAAACAAACAAUAUAAUCUUUUUACCGUGAUAGACUCGACUCAUACAGACAGAGAUAACACAAAAUCGAGCUCAGAUCAGAUCUCUUCUUCCGGCCGGAGCUAAUCACCGGAGAUUCUUCAAAAUGAUGUCCGGCAAUUACACAACAAUCGACAACCAGAACGUUUCUGGAUCUGUACCUGCUGUUUCAGACUCUCCGGGACAGGUUUCGGUGAAAUUCAACGAUACGAGUUUGCAAACGUUUCCUCCGUCUGGAGCGCAGGGGAAGAUCUCGGCCGCUGCUGGACCGCCUCGUGAUGCGGAUGAUACAUUCUCAAAGCCAGCAUCUGGUUCACCGGAAUCACCAUCAAGCGGUGGUUGGUUUAAGAUUUUCACAGUUGCUGCUUACCGUCCUUAUUUCGAUGUCGACACAUCUGAUGUUCUAGAAAGGAUCAAAGAUUCCCUCUUGCCUUUUAAUGGGAGCUUCAAUGAGAAAACUGCUAACAACCCAGAUUUGUAUGGGCCUUUCUGGAUAUGCACUACCUUAAUCUUUGUAGCAGCUUCAAUUGGUACAUUUGUGACCUACUUGGCUCACAAGUUACAGCAUAAAGAGUGGAACUAUGAUAUCAAUCUGGUAACGUGGUCUGCUGGUGUGUUCUACGGCUAUGUUCUUGUUGUCCCUCUAUGUUUGUAUGUGAUUCUCAAGUACUUCUCUGCACCGUCGACCCUCGUCCAGCUGUUCUGUCUAUACGGAUACUCCCUCUUUGUCUUCAUUCCUGCAAUGUGUUUAUCUGUUAUCCCGGUGGAGAUAUUCAGAUGGGCGAUAACGGGUGUGGCGGGGAUCAUGUCAGCAUUAUUUGUGGCAUUGAAUCUGCGGAACCACAUCGUGUCGGCUGGUGAAAGGUGGUUCCUGAUCGUGGUCGGGAUUUUCCUGUUGCAGUUGGCUCUAUCCUUUGUACUUAAGCUCUAUCUGUUCAAUGUGAGUGUGUAGUGUUCUUGUUUCUAACAGCAGCAAGUGUAGGGGAGUUGAGAGUAAAUGUGAACUUAAUAGUUGUUCAAGAUUUGAAUGUUCCCCAUGGACAGAAACAAAUAUAUAUUUUUUUAAAUUCGAUUUUGAUCAUAUACACGGAGGAUCCUACAUUUUAAUAAAUUCUUGAUGUUGUGGAAGAAA